CAGAGGAAAACACAGUAAGCUCCACUCACAUUUCACAAUGCUCUGCCGUGCAGAGUGGGUGCUUGGUAAUUGGACCCACAACACUUGCUGUAUAAGGUAAAGACUGAGGGAGAAUUACACUAGCAUGAAACAACUCCUCUUCACUGAGGACUGCCAAUUUAACCCAGUGCACUGUGGGCCACAGGACACUGUUCUAUGGGGAUGCUGCAUUCCAACGGAAGUGCUUCCCACCCAAAGAAAUGCUUACUAACCUCUGUCUGACUGUUGGUAGAAUGUUUACUGUCCCAACAUCGCAUUCUACUUCAUUCCUACCCCACUCAAGUUAGUAGUUUUGAUCAGCAACUUUAUCACCACUCCAGAGUUUGUUUCAAACAUGGAAAAGCUAGCCCCAGCCUGGAGACUAACCCCACAUCCUUUUAAAAGAUUUUUAAUUUGUUUUUAUUUUAUGUGGGUAGGUGUUUUGUCUGUAUCAGUGUCUGUGCCUCAUGUGUAUUAUAGCUGAGGAGGCUAGAAGAGGGCAACUGUAUUCUCUGGAACUGGGGUGACAGACAGCAGUGAGCUACUAUGUAAGUUUGGAGAACAGACCCUGAGUUCUCUGGAAGAGUAACAAGCACCCUUAGACCUUUCAUAUGAAUGUAUAUUAUAGUUUUUUUGUUGUGCUCCUACACACACAGCACAACAUAUGUUGAGGCUUUAAUUGCUGAGUCAUCUCCCCAGCCCCGAAUUACAGUUUUUGAAGCACUCUUAUUUGUGUGCUUCAAGAAAAUCUGCAAAUAGUUUUUUUUUCCUCCAGCAAUUUCAGAAUGUCAGAGAAAAUAAUAAAUAUAACAGAUAUCUGAGUUUUCACUGUAAUUUGGAAACUACUGUGAUGUAAGUAAUGAAAAACCAGAUGGAAAGACAAAGGAAAGUAGACUGUAGUAGCAAUCCUAUUAAGCCCUCUCUCAGCCUAUUAGCUGAUGGUAAAUUCAAACACCAAACUAGUCAACCAUUCCUGGCAUGCUAAUCUUAUUCUACUUGCUUGCCUGUGUCAAAGGAAGUGGAAAGUUGCUCUCUGUAAUCAAAUCAGUCAACAGUGGCAAGGCACAUCUGGAAAAAGCAUACCUCUACAAAGCACAUUACUGGGAAGGAAAGCAGCACAAGACCAUCAGUCAAAGGACUCACAUGGAUCCAGAGAAAGAGGAUUCAGAGGGACCACUUGGAGGACUCAUGAUCGGAAGUCACUAUGCACUGAAUCUGACAUCUAAAAGUGACAGAACAGAUAUAUACAGAAAAAGAGGCAGCUAGCGAGACAGCCAGCAGGCGUACAGCUGCUUACAAGUGCCAGUGCUGGAAGCUCAGAGUAAGUCAAUGGGAGGAGGAUGUCAGAAGGAGCCCAACUGAACAGACACAAGGACGGCAUGCUUAGGAAACUCACAAGCAGAUAAGAGCCUCUAGAAAAAGACUAAAAAUCUGGAUGCCUUACCAGCAAACAUGGACAGAUGCGUACACAUUCCCACCUUGCAGAACCUGAAUCUUUAAAAAGGAAUAUAAGUCAACCUUGGCUUUGAAUGUUUGGCAUGGGUACAACGCCUUGAAAAAGCAGAUGACAAGCUUAGCUACUGACCAUGCUGACCACUGUCUGGUACUGGACUGAACCACAGAACAGCGAACGGUUUGCUCUUAUAGAAUGUCGGAACAAAGCACAAAUCCUGAACACAUUCUACAGAAUAUAUGUGAUCAUUUGAUCUUGUCUAACCAUUCUGGAUUAAAGACAGAAUCAAUAGCAAAGGAGAUGAAGCUGGUUGCCGAGGAACAGGGGACUAAAGUACACUGGGCAGCUCUGCUGAUACUCAUGGUGAUAAUACCCACCAUUGGGGGGAACAUCCUUGUUAUUCUGGCUGUGUCGCUGGAGAAAAGGCUGCAGUAUGCUACCAACUACUUUCUAAUGUCCUUGGCGGUGGCUGAUUUGCUGGUUGGAUUGUUUGUGAUGCCGAUUGCCCUCUUGACAAUCAUGUUUGAGGCUAUAUGGCCCCUCCCAUUGGUCCUGUGUCCCGCCUGGUUAUUCCUUGAUGUUCUCUUUUCAACUGCCUCCAUCAUGCAUCUCUGUGCUAUUUCGGUGGAUCGCUACAUAGCCAUCAAAAAGCCAAUACAGGCCAAUCAGUGCAACUCCCGGGCUACUACAUUUGUCAAGAUUACAGUGGUAUGGUUAAUUUCAAUAGGCAUCGCCAUCCCAGUCCCUAUUAAAGGGAUAGAGAAUGAUGUGAUUAACCCAGACAACAUCACCUGCGCGCUGAAGAAGGAACGCUUUGGCAACUUCAUGCUCUUUGGCUCGCUGGCUGCGUUCUUUGCACCUCUUGCAAUCAUGAUAGUCACCUACUUUCUUACUAUUCAUGCCUUACGAAAGAAAGCUUACUUGGUCAAAAACAAGCCAUCUCAGCGCCUAACUUGGUGGACUGUGUCCACUGUUUUCCAAAGAGAAGAGUCAUCCUUUUCCUCACCUGAAAAGGUUGCAAUGCUGGAUGGUUCUCACAAGGAUAAAACUCUACCUAACUCAGGUGAUGAAACUCUUAUACGAAGAAUGUCCUCAGUUGGAAAAAAAUCAGCACAGACCAUUUCUAACGAACAGAGAGCCUCAAAGGUCCUUGGAAUUGUAUUUUUCCUCUUUCUACUUAUGUGGUGUCCCUUUUUUAUUACAAAUAUAACUUUAGCUUUGUGUGAUUCCUGCAACCAGGCUACUCUCAAAACGCUUCUGGAGAUAUUUGUGUGGAUAGGUUACAUUUCCUCAGGGGUGAACCCUUUGAUCUACACCCUCUUCAAUAAAACCUUUCGGGAAGCAUUCUGCAGAUAUAUCACCUGCAAUUACCGGGCCACAAAGUCAGUAAAAGUCCUUAGAAAAUGUUCCAGUACAAUCUACUUUGGGAAUUCCAUGGUAGAAAACUCUAGAUUUUUCACAAAACAUGGAAUUCGAAAUGGGAUCAAUCCUGCCAAGUACCAGAGCCCAAUGAGGCUCCGAAGUUCAACCAUUCAGUCUUCAUCAAUCAUUCUCCUAGAUACACUUCUCCUCACUGAAAAUGAUGGUGACAAAACUGAAGAGCAAGUCAGCUAUGUGUAGCAGAACGGGCAGUCCUCAUCUAGCUCGAGUAAGGGGAUGAGCAUGAUGCUAGUGCACAAAGACAAACAUACAGAAUAAAAAAUCAUCUCCUGAAAGCAAGAGUUAAUAUUCAGGUUGUCCAAUUUCCUUAUCUAAACAAAGCCAAAACAUGGAUAAAGUAGCUUUGUAUGGCUAUAAACAAAAGCAAUUCCUACUCUGGUUUUCAAAUGAAAUAAAAUUAUAUAAAUCAAUAAAUUCUAGUCUUAAAAAAUCAAUGUCAUAAAUUAAAUUCCUAAUUGUAUGUAAAAUUGGGCUAAGAAUGAAAUAAAAUGUUAACUCUCUAAGUUGGUUUUUUGUUUGUUUGUUUUGUUUUGUUUAAGGGAAGGUUUCUCUGUGUAACAGUUCUGGCUGUCCU